AUGCGGAGCAGAGGAUCAGGCCGAACACCAUUAGAGUGGGACACUCGGAUGAGAAUUGCAUUAACCACUGCAACAGGCCUUACACACCUCCAUGUCUCCGGCAAAGUGGUCCAUGGCAACAUCAAGUCCUCCAACAUCCUCCUUCGACAGCGACAAGGCAUUCACGACGCGUGCAUGUCUGAUUUUGGGUUAAACUUACUCUCUAACGCUUCUACAAUGCCCAACCACCGUGUCAUGGGCUACUAUGCUCCAGAGGUGGUGGAAACGCGGAAGGCCACGUUCAAGUCAGAUGUUUACAGCUUUGGGGUGUUACUAUUGGAACUAUUGACAGGAAAGGCACCAAACCAGGCUUCAUUGGGGGACGACGAAGGCGUUGAUUUGCCAAGGUGGGUUCGGUCAGUGGUCCGGGAGGAAUGGACUGCAGAGGUGUUCGAUGUGGAGCUUAUGAGGUACGAUAAUAAUGAGGAAGAGAUGGUUCAGUUGUUGCAAAUUGCCAUGGGGUGUGUAGCCACUGUGCCUGAUCAAAGGCCAGAAAUGCGAGAGGUGUUAAGGAUGAUUGAAGAGAUGAAUAGAGUGGAGACUGAUGAUGGGUUCCGGCAAUCGUCCGAUGUUCCGUCGAACUGAUCGGA